AUGUCUACAGAUCUCGAAUUGUUCCAGGAUUUGACCAAAAUAAAACUACCCCAACUCAAGAUUCAAUCUUCCAAUGGGAGUGGUGCCGUAAUUCAACAAGAAAACAACAAUCAAGACAGCAGCAACGAGUGUACGACGCCAACCUCGGAAGAAAGCAAGAUCCCAGCUGCUCUGAAAUGUCCACCAGCACCAAAGAAACCUAAGAGGAGAACUUUUUCAUGCAAAAGAAAGCUGUCUGAUCAGCUUCAAUUCUUCGAGAUCGUUAACAGGGAAGAAGUUGAGGCGUAUCUCAAAGCUGGUUUUGAUAGCUCAAAGAGAAGAAACAUUUCCGCCAUGGGUUUCAAGAUUGAAAAGAGAAAGGAAUAG